AAAAGAGAGAGGGAGAGGGACGAGAGAGGGAGAGAGGGACAUAACACGUGUAGAAAUCAAAACACCCUCAUUUCUCCCUUAAUUUUCGCCCUUAUUUGUGGUCCCAGCGCCCUAGAACUCCCUGGAAUGUUGCGUGGAGCCCUGAGCCGGGGGUUGGUGUCCUCGACGUGUCUUCAGGGGCGUGUCAUGUCCCUAAAUACGCCAAUAAUUAGAAAUAUUGCCCUAGUGUCCUGUUGUUCUCCUCCAUCCCUGGGCCGGCCUUCCUCUUCCUCUUCCUCUUGCCCUCCACGCCUCGCCACGCCCUCCAAGCUGUGUUCCUGUGGCUGUGGCAUUCACGGCAUCCACACGAGAGGUGACCGGGAGCUGGUGGAGUUCCUGCAGGAGGAGAUCGUGGCAGAGAGGAAGACUUUGCAGCCAAACCUUCCCUCACACCUCGGGGACUUUGCUGUCAAGGGGACCAGUGCCGAGCUCACCCUCUCCCGCUCCUUCCAUGACGAAAAAAUCACCAUCACCCUCAACGUGAACCACACCGUCGACCAGGAGGAUGAAGGCAGUGCUGAGCUGAGCCAGGACCAGACGGAGGCACUGCUGAAGAGUCGGCCAAGCUUCGAGGUGGACAUAGUGAUCGGAGCCAAGACACUCUCCUUCACCUGCUCCUUUGUCGGCCCAGCGGAGGUGCAGGGUGGGCAGGAGGAAGAUGUGUUUGGCAUCAACGAACUGACCAUCUAUGAAGGGGAGUGGUCCGAGGCAACCUAUUGUGUGUCUGGGGAUAUUCUCGAUGGGAUGAUGUACGACCUACUAAUGAACAUGCUGGAGGAACGAGGGGUCACUAAUGAAUUUGCCGAACAGCUCAGCACUCUCUGUUCCGAGUAUGAGCACUCUCUCUAUGUAGGCCUCCUUCAGCGCCUUCAGGAUUUCGUGAAGCGCAAAUAGUGUGUGUGUGUGUCUGUGUGUGUGUUGCAGCCUCACACACGCAUACACGCACGUUUACACGCAUACACGCACACACACAUGUACGCUGGUUUUGUGUGUGUGAGGGAAAG